UUUGGCAGCGCCCGGGUCGGCGCGGCCCGCGCGGGGGGUGUGGCGGUCGCCCGGGCCGGGCUGGUCCUCCCGCGGCGGCGGCGGCCUCGGAGCGGCGGUGGCGGCGGCGGCGGAGGACAAAGGGCCGAGAUGGGAAACUCCUACGCUGGACAGCUGAAGACGACGCGCUUUGAAGAGGUGCUGCACAAUUCCAUCGAGGCUUCCCUGCGCUCCAACAGCCUGGUGCCCAGGCCAGUCUUCUCCCAGCUGUACCUGGAGGCCGAGCAGCAGCUCUCGGCCCUGGAAGGUGGCAGUCGCGUGGACAAUGAUGAAGACGGAGAGGAGGCAGAAGGGGGCCUGGGAGCCAACUGCGCUGCCAGCUGCUACCAGAUGCAGCCAGCGCCCGAGGGGAGCUGUACCACGGAUGGGUUCUGCCAGGCGGGCAAGGACCUGCGUCUUGUCUCCAUUUCCAACGAGCCCAUUGACGUCCCCGCAGGCUUCCUCCUGGUGGGGGCCAAGGCCCCCAGCCUGCCCGACCACCUCUUGGUCUGUGCCGUGGACAAGAGAUUCCUGCCAGAUGACAGCGGCCACAACGCUCUCCUCGGUUUCUCUGGGAACUGUGUCGGCUGUGGGAAAAAGGGUUUCUGCUAUUUCACUGAGUUCUCUAACCACAUCAAUCUGAAGCUCACCACCCAACCCAAGAAGCAGAAGCACCUGAAGUAUUACCUGGUCCGCAAUGCGCAGGGGACUCUUACCCAGGGCCCUCUCAUAUGCUGGAAAGGCUCAGAGUUCAGAACCCGGCAGGCCUCCAGCAGCGUGUGCCCCAGCAAUCUCUUCCUGCCGCUGGAGAGCCCAGGGCCUCUAGCUGCCUUCUCCAACGAAGCCCCGGCUGGACUGAACCCCGGCGUCCCCAUGGGAGCACAGCCGGCAGGCCCGGCCUCCGACCACUCAUCCCUGGCAGCCGCCGUGGGCCCAGCUGUUUUCAACGGCAGAGACUCCCCAAAGCAGCAGCAGCAGCAGCUGGUGAAGACCAGCCUGUCGGCCCUGCCGCGGCCCCCCGCCUUAGGGAUCUCCCCCACCUCCGGCCCCCCUAAAAAACGCCACAAAGGGUGGUCUCCAGAAUCUCCAUCAGCUCCAGAUGGUAGUUAUCCCCAAGGCGGGGGCAACAGAGCCAAGUAUGAGAGCACAGGCGUGUCCUGCGUGCCCCAGGUCGGCUUGGCGGGACCAGCCUCUGUCAGCUUCCCGGUGGUGGCCUCUGGCGAACCAGUGUCCGUCCCUGACAACUUGCUGAAAAUCUGCAAGGCCAAGCCAGUGAUCUUCAAAGGCCACGGGAACUUCCCUUACCUCUGCGGGAACCUCAACGAUGUGGUGGUGAGUCCCCUCCUCUACACGUGCUACCAGAACUCACAGUCCAUCUCCCGGGCCUACGAGCCGUACGGCGCCUCCACCAUCCAGCCCAUCUCGGAGGAGAUGCAGCUGCUGCUCACCGUCUACUACCUGGUGCAGCUGGCGGCUGACCAGGUGCCGCUGAUGGAGGACCUGGAGCAGAUCUUCCUGCGCUCGUGGCGCGAGUCGCAUCUGACCGAGAUCCGGCAGUACCAGCAGGCGCCACCACAGCCCUUCCCGCCCGCGCCCAGCGCCGUGGCGCCCGUCACCUCUGCACAGUUACCCUGGCUGGCCGGCCUGGCCGCCAGCUCUUGCAACGACAGCGUGUACAUCAUCGAGUGUACCUACUCCCUGGCCGAGGGCCUCUCCGAGAUGUUCCGGCUGCUCGUCGAGGGCAAGCUGGCCAAGACCAACUACGUGGUGAUCAUCUGCGCCUGCCGCAACGCUGCCAUCGACUCGUGCAUCGCCGUCACCGGAAAGUACCAAGCCCGGAUUCUUUCCGAGAGCCUGCUCAGCCCCGCGGAGUACCAGAAGGAAGUCAGCUACGAGCUGGUCACGGGCAAAGUGGACUCCCUGGGCGCCUUCUUCAGCACGCUCUGUCCAGAGGGCGACAUCGACAACUUGCUGGACAAAUUUCAGCAGGAAAAUCAGGGCCAUAUUUCUUCCUCGCUUCCCCCCUCGGUCACCAAACCAGCCAGCCUGGAGGCCAGCGGGACGCCGGCCUGCACAAGUUACGGUCUGGAGCCGCACUGCCUGCGGCCCUUCCAGCUGGCCGUGGCUCAGAAGCUCCUCUCCCACGUGUGUUCCAUUGCGGAUUCUAGUACCCAGAAUCUGGACUUAGGAUCCUUUGAGAAGGUGGACUUCCUGAUUUGUAUUCCACCCUCGGAAGUGACCUACCAGCAGACCCUUUUCCACGUCUGGCACUCAGGGGUUUUGCUGGAACUCGGCCUGGAAAAGGAGCACAUGACCAAGCAGAGGGUCGAGCAGUAUGUCUUGAAGUUAGAUGCAGAGGCGCAGACUAAAUUUAAGUCCUUUCUGCAAAACUCCUUUCAGAAUCCGCACACGCUCUUUGUCCUAAUCCACGACCACGCGCACUGGGAUCUCGUGAGCAGCGCAGUUCAUAAUCUCUACUCCCAGAGCGACCCAUCGGUGGGAUUGGUGGACAGAUUGCUCAACUGCAGGGAGGUGAAGGAGGCCCCCAACAUCGUCACUCUUCAUGUCACCUCCUUCCCCUACGCGCUGCAGACCCAGCACACCCUCAUCAGCCCAUACAACGAGAUCCACUGGCCAGCCCCCUACAGUAAUGGAGUGGAUUUGUAUCCUGAGAACAAGAAGUACUUUGGGCUGUCAGAAUUCAUCGACUCCACCCUCUCGGGACACAGCCUCCCCCUGCUCCGGUACGACAGCUCCUUUGAGGCCAUGGUCACGGCCCUGGGAAAGAGGUUCCCCCGCCUGCACAGCGCGGUGAUCAGGACUUUUGUGCUGGUGCAGCACUACGCAGCUGCCAUGAUGGCCGUGAGUGGCCUCUCGCAGAUGAAGAAUUACACAUCGGUGGAGACGCUGGAGAUCACCCAGAACCUCAUCAACUCCCCCAAGCAGUGCCCCUGCGGCCACGGGCUCAUGGUGCUGCUGCGGGUCCCCUGCUCGCCACUGGCCGCUGUGGCCUACGAGCGCCUGGCACAUGUGCGGGCGCGGCUGGCGCUGGAGGAGCACUUUGAGAUCAUCCUGGGCAACCCCAGCUCAGGCAUCACUGUGGGGAAGCACUUCGUGAAGCAGCUCAAGAUGUGGCAGAAAAUUGAGGAUGCGGAGUGGAGACCUCAGACUUACCUGGAGUUGGAGGGCCUCCCUUGCAUCCUGAUCUUCAGUGGGAUGGACCCGCAGGGGGAAUCCUUACCAAGGUCUCUGCGGUACUGCGACCUGCGUCUGAUUAACUCCUCCUGCUUGGUGCGCACCGCGUUGGAGCAGGAGCUCGGCCUGGCCGCUUACUUUGUGAGCAACGAGGCGCCCCUGGAGAAGGGUGCCCGGGGCGAGGCGCUGGAGAGUGAUGCCGAGAAGCUGAGCAGCACCGACAACGAGGAUGAGGAGCUGGUGACGGAAGGUUCCACCUCGGAGAAGAGGAGUCCCAUGAAGAGGGAAAGGUCCUGCUCCCACGACUCGGCCUCUUCCUCACUCUCCUCUAAAGCAUCCAGCUCAGCACUCUGCAGCGAGUCCUCAGCCCAGCCUGGGGGUGCCCCUCAGGGGGAACAGGCUAGGUCCCCACCGCCCUCCGGCCCUUCCGAGGAGCCCAGGGCCCCCGGUGAGAGGCAGCGGCUCCGAGUGAGCCAGGGGCCACCGGUCAUCAGCAGGCACAGCCCCGGGCUGGCCCCCCAGCCUGACCCGGGCCUCAAACUCAGCCAGAAGAGCGUCCAGCUGUCUGUCCCACCACCCUCGGCCCAGUUCUCCUCCUCAGGCUCGUCGUCGUCUUCACUGAUGCUGCAGGCUCCGCGCUGCUCCCUGACCAAGGCCUGCCAGCAGCCGCCCAUCGUCUUCCUGCCCAAGCUGGUGUACGACAUGGUCACCGCCACUGACAGCAGCGGCCUGCCCAAGGCCGCCUCGCUACUGCCCUCCCACUCGGUCAUGUGGGCCAGCUCCUUCCGGCCCCUGCUCAGCAAGACCAUGACGUCCACGGAGCAGUCCCUCUACUACCGGCAGUGGACGGUGCCCCGGCCCAGCCACAUGGACUACGGCAACCGCGCCGAGGGCCGUGUGGACAGCUUCCACCCACGCAGGCUGCUGCUCAGCGGGCCUCCCCAGAUUGGGAAGACGGGUGCCUACCUGCAGUUCCUCAGCAUUUUGUCCCGAAUGCUCAUUCGACUGACAGAAGUGGAUGUUUACGAUGAAGAAGAGAUCAAUAUCAACCUUCGAGAAGAGGCCGAGUGGCAUUCUCUCCAGCUCAAUGACCCCUGGCCAGACCUGGAACUGUUCAAGAAGAUGCCUUUUGACUACAUUAUUCACGACCCAAAGUAUGAGGAUGCCAGUCUGAUUUGUUCUCACCACCAGAGCAUCAAGAGCGAAGACAGAGAGAUGUCCCGGAAACCGGAGGAGCUCUACAUGCGGCGUCAGACUGCCCGGAUGCGGCUGUCCAAGUAUGCGGCCUAUAACACGUACCACCACUGUGAGCAGUGCCACCAGUACAUGGGGUUCCACCCCCGCUACCAGCUCUAUGAGUCCACCCUGCACGCCUUUGCCUUCUCUUACUCCAUGCUAGGAGAGGAGAUCCAACUCCACUUCAUCAUCCCCAAGUCCAAGGAGCACCACUUUGUCUUCAGCCAACCUGGAGGGCAGCUGGAGAGCAUGCGACUGCCCCUUGUCACAGACAAGAGUCACGAGUACAUAAAAAGCCCGACUUUCACACCCACCACGGGCCGUCAUGAACACGGGCUUUUCAAUCUGUACCACGCCAUGGAUGGGGCCAGCCACCUGCAUGUACUGGUUGUCAAGGAGUACGAGAUGGCCAUCUACAAGAAGUACUGGCCCAACCAUAUCAUGCUGGUGCUCCCCAGCAUCUUCAACAGCGCUGGUGUUGGAGCCGCCCACUUCCUGAUCAAGGAGCUGUCCUACCACAACCUGGAGCUGGAGCGGAACCGGCAGGAGGAGCUGGGCAUCAAGCCGCAGGACAUCUGGCCUUUCAUUGUGAUUUCCGACGACUCCUGCGUGAUGUGGAAUGUGGUGGAUGUGAACUGUGGUGGGGAGAGAGGCAGGGAGUUCUCCUGGUCAGAGAGGAACGUGUCCUUGAAGCACAUCAUGCAGCACAUCGAGGCCGCCCCCAACAUCACCCACUACGCGCUGAUCGGCCUGCGGAAGUGGUCCAGCAAGACGGGGAGCCACGCGGUGCGCGAGCCCUUCUCCCGCUGCCACGUCCACGACUUUGUUAUCCUGAACGUGGACCUGACCCAGAACGUGCAGUACAACCAGAAUCGGUUCCUGUGUGAUGACGUGGAUUUCAACCUGCGGGUGCACAGUGCCGGCCUGCUCCUCUGCCGUUUCAACCGCUUCAGCGUGAUGAAGAAGCAGAUUGCCGUGGGUGGCCACCGGUCCUUCCACAUCACCUCCAAGGUGUCCGACAGCCCCGCGGCCACCGUGCCGGCCCAGUACAUCUGCGCGCCCGACAGCAAACACACCUUCCUGGCGGCCCCCGCACAGCUCCUGCUCGAGAAGUUUCUGCAACACCACAGCCACCGCUUCUUCCCGCUCUCCCUCAAGAACCACGGGCACCCUGUGCUCUCCGUGGACUGCUACCUAAACCUGGGCUCCCAGAUUUCUGUGUGUUAUGUGAGCUCCAGGCCCCACUCUUUAAACAUCAGCUGCUCUGACUUCAUGUUCAGUGGCCUCCUGCUGUUCCUCUGUGACUCUUUUGUGGGAGCUAGUUUUUUGAAAAAGUUUCACUUUCUGAAAGGUGCCACCUUGUGCGUCAUCUGCCAGGACCGGAACUCGCUCCGCCAGACCGUGGUCCGCCUGGAGCUAGAAGACGAGUGGCAGUUCCGACUGCGGGACGAGUUCCAGACGGCCAACGCCAAGGAGGAUCGGCCGCUCUUUUUCCUGACUGGACGUCACAUUUGAGGGGGCGGCCAGCGCUUUUCUGGAAGAGUGAAGCCUUCCACGCCCCGUGCGGUGGAGGCGAAUGGAAGAAGUAGAAUCGCAGAACCACGGGGGAGUCUGAACUGAAAGCAGCCCGGGACGUUUGUGCAGCCUUCUCUGGUGCCGGGCACUGGUGGUGGAAGUGGCCCAGGAGCUUGGAGGAGGUGGUGGAGAGGAGUCUGGGUCUGGCAGGAACGCACACCCCUGCAGCCCGAGUUUCCAGCGAUAUGUCAAAGUCCUUUACGUGGGGGGAAGUUCCACCUGUUCUGUCUGCUGUCAUGGCAUCCAGAUGCUUCCGCGCACAAACUUGACUUUUCUAAAAGCGUACUCUUAGUUUAUUCACUAGAGGUGUCAGUAUUGAAAAGGCCAUGGUUUGGGCUACAACAGAAUACAAAGUAAUCUUCCACAAGACUUCACUGUAAAGGUUGAAAAAAAAACGAAACCCCCCAACAAACCUAAGUCAGUCAUGUUGUAAGAAUUAUGCCAUUGCCUCCAAGUUUGCUCUUUCUGAAACUAGCCCAAAGGCAUCAACUUGAAUGAUAAAGCAAAACAAAUUGUUUUGCCUCAGAGCAAAUGCAAUUCUAUUAAAAUAGCUUAGGGUGAAUACCCUGCUUCUUAGAAUGGACAAAAGAGAAAAGAAACUUUCUUUAAAAGGGGUUUUCCCCGGAAGGAAACUGCAGUUUGAGAGCCAGUUGCAAAGCCAGUAAAGGCUCACCUCAAGAAACAGAAUCUGCCUUACAAAGGAAAGAAGACUUGAAGGAAACAAGGGAAGCAGCACCACCCAAGUGAUUUGGGAAUGAGUUGAUAAAGAACUAGAUUUCUGAGGAUAAUUCAUUAACACUCAGUUUUCAGUUCUUUCAACGGGCUGUCUUCUCUGAGGCAUGCUUGGUCACUAUCAGAGAGAAGACGGCAGGGCUGGUCCCAGACUCUCACAGGGUCGCCUUCUCUUCAGCGGUUCAGAGCGCCACCUACAGACCAGGAGUGGGAACAGGUGCUGUCUCUGCUGUAGGCUCCUGUAUGAUCCUGCAACAGCCUGUUUGUGUGGGAAUGAUUCUCCCCCUUUGAAAGAUGAGACAGUUGCAAUGCCAAGAUCACUCUGGUCACAUGCUAGAAAGAAGCAGAAAUCCAUGUCAGUCUCUUGACUCUCGAGUCCUGAGUCCACUUCACUCCGUACAGCUUUUGGAGUGACCCCUAGCCAAAGGUAAUGUUUAAAGAUACAAAAAUAAGUCGUCAGAAUGAUUUCUUAUGCAUUCAUCUUAGACAUCUCGAAGCACUCUAAUGGAUAGCAAUUCAAGAAGAAAUUCUUUGAAAAGAUGAUGCCAAAGAGUUCAUGUCAAUCUUUUUUUCCCUAAGGAAAAAAAAAAAAAAAAGCUCGUGUGUUUGAAAGAUUUAGAUCCAGGUUUAUAAAAUAAUCACUUUGUAUAUGUCAUUAUUCCUGUUUUGGAAUAAAUUUUUUUAGUUAUAUUUGUCUUUUGUAAAUCGUUCCUUCUGUGGUGUUGCUCUUCCCUUUUCUUAGUUAAUUUAAACUUGAAAACAUCAAACUAAUAUUCUUGUGUGUCCCAGACUUAUAAAUAAAAGUUACUAUGAGCUGUUCCUUCAA